CUCCCCUCUCUAUCUUCCAUAAAAAGUGCUCACAAGUGCAUGUAUCUCGCCCCCUAAAUACAACACCCAAAACACAACCUUUCUCUCAUUCACUCCUCCUCCUCCUCUCUCUCUCUCUCUCUCUCUCUCUCGUGCACUCACUCCUCACUCAGCUCGAACAAACACCAUCACUAUUUCCAUGGAAGCGAUGAAUAUGUGCUCGUCAUCUACUUCGUCUUCCGGCACUUCCUCGUCUGAGUCUUCCCUCCCGAGAAAUCCCAACAAGCCCGAACGAAUCAAGGGCCCGUGGAGCGCUGAGGAGGACCGUGUCCUGACCCAGCUCGUCGACCGCUACGGGCCUAGAAACUGGUCAUUGAUAAGCCGGUACAUAAAGGGCCGGUCCGGGAAGUCGUGCAGGCUCAGGUGGUGCAACCAGCUGAGCCCCAGCGUCCAGCACCGACCCUUCUCUCAGGCCGAGGACGAGACCAUCUUGGCCGCACACGCUCGGUUCGGAAACAGGUGGGCCACCAUUGCCCGCCUGCUUCCGGGUCGAACUGACAACGCGGUGAAAAAUCACUGGAACUCGACGUUGAAGCGGAGGGUCAUGGGAGAUCAACUAACGGAGGGUGGUAGUUUUGGGGGCGGCGGCGGCGGCGGCAAUGUGGGUAGUAAUGAGGGGAUCAGCACGAGUUCGGUUUCCGGAUCUUUGGCCAAUGGGUCGAUGGAGUUUGACCCGUUGACGGAGUUGACUUUGGCACCGCCGGGGAUUGGUAGCGGAAGCGGCGGGGCGAUGGGGGGCGAGCAGCAGAGGAAUAAUGAGAGUGUGCCGUCGGGGUUUUGGGACUCGAUGAGGGAUGUGAUCGCUAGGGAGGUUAGAGAUUACGUGGCGACAACAUUUUCAGAGCCUUCGGAGCUUCAUAGAUUAAAUUAAUCAUGCUUUUAAUUUUCUGAUUAUGUUUUUGUUAAUAUGUUGGCUUCGAUUAAUUCUCAGAGGCAGAAAAUGUGAGAUUUUCGAAUGAAUAUAAUUUUAAAAAAUAUUUGAAAUUA